AUGACUGCCAGACAGACAGUCAUGCUCCUGGUGGCAGUGGUCCUCUCCAUUCCAGACCUUGCUCACAGCUUCCAACCACUCUUGGCUUCUCGGAACUCCAUCACUCACCGUCACAUCACACAAAGAGCGAUCCUUCGAAAGACAGCUGAGGUCUGCCGAGACCUUGCUGUCUCCAAGGGACAGGACUUCAGCUUGGUUAUUGAUAACAGCCUGUCAGCUAGUAAGGUGCAAAGGGCCUGCUCCUCUAUAGGGACUUCCACUUCUCUCCUCUCCAGCUUCAAAUUCGAAAGUUCCAUUAUCCUAAUGUACCUUGGCAACGCAAAGGUGGACGUGCAGUUUAUAUUCAGUGACAUACACCAUUUUGUUGAUGAGGCCUUCGAGGGAGGACGGGAUCUCAUCACAGCAGGUGUGUCUUAUGUGAAGGCCAGUGUAAAAAAGGAAAACUUUGUAGCAGCCAGGUGGACUCUUGGACAAAUUUUGCACCCCCUACAGGACUUCUACAGCCACAGUAACUGGGUGGAGAUGGGGAACACAGCCCCUUACAGCACCCUGAUCAGACCUGACCAACCUUUUGAAAACUUGGCAGGCCCAAAUACUCCAACCUGUAGAAGCUGUGUCGGAGGGAAUUGUGAUGACAAUCUUCUACCAGAGCUGCAGCAGCAAGGGCUUCUCACUACAGGCUACUUCAGUUUUUUCUCCUCAGCAAAACCUGCAGGUAAAUGCAGCCAUGGAGGUUUUUUUGACCGGACAAGCAGACAGGAUCCAGUGGGUGGCAUUAACAAGGAUGAUCUUUCAUCUGAUCAUGCCUCUCUCCACCUCAAAGCAACUGAUGUAGCUUUGGAGGCCUCUAUGGAGCUACUGGAGGACAUCAGAGUUGCUGUCGGAGAAAAUAACUUCCUGCAACUGAUGGGCCUCUCCCAGUCAUCUGUGCUAGCUUUUGUCAUUGAUACCACGGGCAGUAUGAGUGAUGACAUAACCGAGGCUAAGAGAGUUUCCUUCGACAUCAUUGACAGAAAAAGGGGAACCCCGCAAGAGCCGUCUGCCUACAUAUUGGUAGCUUUCAAUGACCCAGGUUUUGGACCUCUAAUUAGGACAACCAAUGCAGACGUCUUCAAAGACAGCAUCAACAAGCUGUCUGCUAGUGGAGGAGGAGACAUCCCAGAGCUGAGCCUGUCGGGACUGCAGCUUGCCUUGACUGGAGCUCCACCCUCCUCCGAGAUCUUUGUCUUCACUGACGCUCCAGCCAAAGAUGCUUAUUUAAAAAGCACCAUCACAGCUCUUAUAGAGAGCACCAGGUCUGUGGUAAAUUUCCUGUUGACAGACUCCACCUCAAGCCGAAGGCGCCGCAGAGGAAUUCAAGGUCUGUCUCCACGUUCACUUAGCCAAUCAGAUGCUCAGUUAUACCAUGACCUAGCCCAAGCCUCAGGAGGUCAGGCCAUUGAAGUCACCAAGUCAGAUCUCUCUGUGGCUACCACUGUUAUCGCGGAUUCAUUAGCUAGCGCUGUGGUGACAGUUUUUCAGGUAGUGAUGAAUCCUGGAAAGCCUGACACUUUCACGUUUACUGUUGAUGGUUCACUAAGGAACAUAACAGCUUACAUCACAGGAGCAUCAUCUCUCACCUUUGAUCUCACCAGCUCCACAGGAAUAUCUCAGAAUUCCAGUCAGUCUGGUGGUCCUCUGGCAUCUUUCACCACAGCAGGAAACCUACGCUCUUUACGCCUCAACACUGACAAUCAAACAGGGUCAUGGAAAAUCAGUGUUAACUCAAAUGACUCCUACUCUAUUAAGGUCAUAGGUCAAAGUUCAGUGGACUUCAUCUAUAACCUUGUGGAAGCACAUGAGGGAGCCCAUGGGGACUUUAGUCUGAAGGAGGGACGUCCUCUUUCGGGAGGAAAUGUCAGCCUCCUGGUGUCUGUAACAGAAAGUGACACCUUAAAGGUCUCAGAAGUGACUCUGUUUGACAGCUCAGGGCCAACACAGGUCAAUGGAUCAUUGCAGGAGUUAGGAGAUGGUAACUUUCUUAUACAUUUCAAUGGCGUCCCAGCAGGUGAGUUUGUUGUUCGCCUAAAAGGUGAGGACAAUAGCUCCACCCCCAGGUCAAUACCAACCAGCUUCCAGAGGCAGGCUUCCACACAGAUCAAGACCUCAAGCAUCUCUGUUACUACCCAAGCCAACGAUACAAACAUAGAACCAGGCUCCACCAUCUCCAUCCCUUUCACAGUCGCCACAACGGUCAAUGGAGUUGUUAAUGACAAUGCUACUGAGACAUUCACCAUGCGAGCCAACAACGACCGUCGCUAUGCUCUUGCUUCACCCAGCACUGUCACUGUAGCAGCAGGCAGUGGAGGCAAAGCUAAUGGUACUGUAACCUUGACGGUACCAGCCAGUGCUGAGUCAGGAACAGACGUGACCCUAACGAUUGAAGUGGAAAAUGCAGCUGCCACUGACAUCAAUUACGCUGUCCUCAGGUUUUCUGUUGCUGCCAAGGUGACAGAUGUUAACCGUCCAGGAUGCCAGGUAGUCAGUACAUCAGCCAACUGUCCAUUCUCUUCAUCACUUUGUGCUUCCUCCCACUGGGACUUCAUUGCUAACCUUACUGAUGGCAUCAAUGGGACUGGCAUUGAAAGAAUCACCAUCCAAAAAGGAAAUGGUACUCUCAAUACCAGCACAGCUGUUGGAGCUGGGGGUGAGAAUGUUACAAUGGUUACCUACACCGCCUCCUGCUGUUCACAGACUGUAGAGCUGGCUGCUGUGGACAAUGUAGGAAAUGUGGGCACAUGUGUGGGGCAAGCAAGAACACUUACCAUAACUGCACCUGUGACUAACCCGGCAUCCACUGGAGGCCACGCAGUUAACCCGACAUCCACUGGAGGGCACACUUUGAGCAUAUCACGUUGUCUCUGCAUCAGUGUUGUAGUUUCUCUCCUUUGGAAGUGA